GAGAGUCGUUGCACUCUCCAAACCCACACACCUGCGAUUUCCCAUUCUAAAACCUCGCGCCAAAAAAAACCCACCGCCGAUAACACUCACCGGCGACGAAAAUGCCGGAGUUACCGGAGGUAGAGGCGGCGAGAAAAGCAAUAGAAGAGAAUUGCUUAGGAAAGAAGAUCAUAAAGGCCGUUAUAGCGAAUGACACCAAAGUCAUAGACGGCGUUUCUCCGUCUGAUUUCGAGGCGGCUCUUCUAGGCAAAACCCUGAUUUCCGCUCAUCGUAAAGGGAAGAAUCUCUGGAUCCAGCUCGAUUCCCCUCCUUUUCCUUCAUUUCAGUUUGGAAUGGCUGGUGCUGUGUAUAUUAAGGGAGUUGCUGUUACUAAAUAUAAAAGGUCUGCGGUGAACGACAAUGAUGAAUGGCCAUCCAAAUAUUCAAAGCUGUUUGUGGAACUAGAUGAUGGUCUGGAGCUGUCUUUCACGGAUAAAAGGCGAUUUGCAAAAGUUCGCUUGCUCAAAGAUCCUGCGUCUGCGCCUCCAAUAUCCGAGCUUGGCCCUGAUGCUCUACUGGACUUAAUGACAAUUGAUGAAUUUCACGAAUCCUUGCGCAAGAAGAAAAUGCCUAUCAAGGCUCUGUUACUUAAUCAGAGUUUUAUAUCUGGUAUUGGCAACUGGAUUGCAGAUGAAGUGCUAUACCAAGCCAGAAUUCAUCCAGAGCAAAGUGCUUCCAGCUUUUCCAGGGAAAAUUGUGCAACUUUACUCGAGUGCAUCAAGGAGGUAAUUGAAAAAGCAGUAGAAGUUGGGGCAGAUAGUAGCGAAUUUCCCCAUAACUGGAUUUUUCAUUCCCGAGAAAAGAAGCCUGGGAAAGCAUUUGUUGAUGGGAAGAAAAUCAAUUUUAUUACCUCCGGUGGUAGGACAACAGCCUAUGUACCAGAAUUACAAAAGCUGAGUGGAGACCAAACUAAAAAAAGAAAAAAGGGCGAGAAGGAUGAUGAAGAAGUUGAAGGCGAGGAUGUCGAUGAUAAUAACGCUUCAAGCUUGGAACCUGAAGCUCCUAAAACAGCUAAAUCAAAGAGAGAAUUGAAGCCUAGAGGUCGUGGUAAGAGGCUUUCAGCAAAGCAAAAGUCUAAGGGAAGUGAUGAUGAGGAAGAUAACAACGGUGCUACUAAUAAUGCUAAUGAUGAGGAUGAUGAAGACGAAGAAAGUCAGAAGAAGAAACCAGAGAGCAUCAGCACUGAUGAAUACGCCAACGCGAAGACCGUAUCCAACGAGACCGCAACCAAUGGCAACAUUAAGAAGCUAAAGAAGAAAGCCAAGUAGAGUAUUUUGAAGACAUCAGAAAUUGCUGUGCCAUGGAAAGGUGAGCAGUUUUUGCAAGUUUUGAUGGACAGUUUUUGGGAUGGCUUAUGCAAAGAUUGUCCGUUUAGUGAUACUUUUGGAUGAACACUCGAUGAGGUCAUGUAAAUUUACAAAUUUGAUCUCAUUGUGCUUUUUAAAAUUAAUUGCAGCUAGUUUUGUGGUCAAGUGAUCAUAUUUUUGGCCUAAAAACAAGUGAAACUUUCUAUUUAAGUCAACUCUUUUGGUAAA